UAGGGCACGUAUCUAUUUCACUUUUCUCCCAUUUCCUCUUCCCUUUUCACUCGACCAGAUCCCGAACCCUAAAUCCAUCCCCAAAACCCCUUUUACAGCUCAAGAACUCACACCCCAUUAAUGGCAGAAACUACUGAAACCCCUUAUCCUUCUUCUUCUUCAUCUCCUCCUCCACCAGAUUUAGACAACAUAUACCCUGUCGUCAUUCGGGUCAAGCGAAAAUCUAUCAAGAACAACAACCCCAUAGCCGAAUUCUGUGAUUGGUUAGAAGAUGAGGAUGAUGAUGAAAGACCUCUUAAAAGAACUUCAAUUGAUUUUGAAAAACUUUCUAUCUCUGAUCCAGCUGAGAAAAAGGGGUUGGAAAUUGGGGAAAAAGGCUCACCCUUGAAACAGUCAUUGAUUGAUUUUGAGAAACUAUCUAUUUCUGGGUCAAAUGAUAAAGAAGAGAGUGGUAGUUGUAGCUCGAAAGCUAAAGUCGAGGAGCAGAAACUGCCUGUCAGACAUUGCAUUGCAAGUAGAAUGUUACAGCCUUUGAAACAUGGCAAUGAUGCGCAUUCUGAACAAAAAUGGAAGCGGCGAGAACGAAAGAAAGUUCCGAAGAAGGAUGUCUCGAUAAAUGACUUAUGUCGUCGUUGUGAUGUUCUGCGUGUGGAUGAUGAGGAAGAAAUGUCAAAGGAGGCAGAUGACAUCUCAUCGGCAGAUAGUGAAUUGCUUUAUAAAUUUAUGCCUUUGUUAAGAGAGUGUCUUCCAGAUGUGGCUGAUAACGUUCAAAUGGAAAUUCAACCAUACUUAUUCUCCAAGGUGCUGUCGCUGUGAUUUAUUGUCCUCAGAUUAGUCAGUCAUCCUGCUUAAUCAAAUGUGCAUAUGUCCCGUUCACUUUUUGCUGGGCAAGUUCAGUUGCUAUCACACGGUUAAGAGCCUUUCACUGGAUAGAACUCAGGUUUGUCGGCAUCGUCUCUUCCUGCUCCUUCAUUUCAUGUUUUCCUUCUUUAGUGUUGAAGUGGAUUAGCUGGAAGUUCGGUAAGAAUCUCUUUCUGUGGAAUAAUUUCUGUUUUCCCUUUCUAGUUUCUACUAAUUUCAAGACUUAAGAACCUCGUGUUCAUCUCUUAAGUCCAGUUCAGGCUUAUUUUCUGGUUUGUUUAGUCUUUUAGAGAUGCCUACCUAGGAAGGUUUAUAAUGCUAAUUUUGUAUAGCAGUUGUGACAUAUGGAACAGAUGCUGCUGAAUCUGACGACGAAAUGUAUGGUUACAUUUGUAAAUUUUCGUAAGUAAAUAAAUGCAUUUUGUGAUCAA